ACAAAUAAUGGCUUAUCUUCGACCAUUGAUCUUCUAUAUUCUGACUGCUCUUGCAAUAUUCAUGCUUAUUUCUCCCUCCCAUUCCUCUUUAGAUAAUGUUAAUGACAGGGUUACUUUGUCACUGUACUAUGAAACAAGUUUAUGCCAGCAUUGUGCCUCCUUUAUCUCCAAUGACCUUGUCAAGGUCUUCCACACUGACCUCCAUACCAUUAUCAAUCUAAGAUUGGUCCCUUGGGGCAAUGUUGAAAUCCAUUGCCAGCAUGGAGAAGAAGAAUGCUACUUAAACACUAUACAUAGCUGUGUCAUCCAUUUCUGGCCUGAUGUGAAAGAGCACUUGGAAUUCAUUCGCUGCACAGAGCAACAAAGCUUAAAAGGGGGGCCAGUUGAAGCACUGUGGAAAAAUUGCAGUGAAAAGCUGAGAUUGAAUGAGGAGAUAAUCAACAAAUGCUAUACUACUGGAUUUGGAUAUAAGCUUCUGUUGCAACAUGCUAAUGAGACUGCACAUCUGAAGCCACCUCAAGAAUAUGUGCCAUGGGUGGUGGUGAAUAAUCAGCCACUCAGACAAUUGCAGGACUUGGAAAAUUUUGUGAAAUAUGUGUGUGAAGCUUAUAAAGGCGAUCAUAAACCAGCUGCUUGCAAAGCACAAUCAUCCGGUCUCAGCCCAACCAUCCAUGCAUUACCCCAGCCGCCACCAAUUCCAGUGGUAGGCUUCUAUAAACUAGCAGUUCAAUGGCCUCCCUCAGUGUGCAAAUCUACUCUCAACUGUAAAAAGCCAAUCCUACCCGAGUUUAAAAUACAUGGAAUCUGGGCGCAAGACGCUCAUGACAGGCCGGUGCCCCAAUAUGGUCCAAGGAAUCCUUGCACCCAUCCGAAUCCUAAUCUAGAUAAAAAGAAACUGAAAGGUUUUCUGCAAAGUGAUCCAGUUCUUUGGAUAGACUUGCCCCGACUAUGGCCAAACUUGAUAUUGGGAAAGUCAGACAUUAGCUUUUGGCACGACGAAUGGACAAAACAUGGCACAUGUUCCGACUUUGCACAACGACCUCUGUCAUACUUUCAAUCCGCCAUACAACUAAAGAAAAAAUUAUCUCGAGUUAUUGGACUCACACCUGAUUCAACCUAUACGGUCCAACAAGCUGUGAAUGCAGUUUUUCAGCUUAUACACGCAUAUCCCCAAAUUUCGUGUAAUAGAAAUAGAACAAACAAUAGACAAUUAUUACUCUCGGAGAUGUAUAUAUGUUAUGAAAGACCGACAUCAUCCAAUCUCCUUGGAACACUUAAAAACUGUUCCCAUUUAUAUCAUGGCCAAUGUAAUAGCCUAUCGGAUAUCAUAAGUUUCCCUAGGUAGCUCUGCCACGAUUGUCCAAUGUAUUUAAUAAGAAAUAUAAAAUGUUAUUAAUAAGAA